AUGGAUUUGAAUUAUGGGUUGAGAUCUAUAAGGAACUCUGCGAAGCUUGUGAUCAGAGAAAUGGAGUCUGCGAACUGGGAUAUCGAAGCUGCUUCAAAUGCCAUAGAGUCUGGAGUUAUAUUCAAGAACACAAAUCACAAAGGUUUCGCUUUUGAAUCAUUUGUGUGCAAAGAAAUGUUUGAUGGGUUCAACAAACCCAAUUUCUCUCUCCUAAACAAGGCGUUAACAGAUGCUAAUUUGAGUCGAUUUUUCUUCUUUGAUCAGUUCAAGAAGUUAAAAUCAGUGGGUUCAAUUCAUUUUCUCAAGGAAAAUACAGAUUCUUUGAUUGGGAAGUUCUUGAAGGCCAAGUAUCUCUGUUUGGUUCACCCGAAAAUGGAGACUUCAUUUUCCGGGAAUCUGAAUCAGAGAAAGAAAAUCAAUUCUGGGGAGUACCCAGAAACGGAGUUUUUAAAAGCAUUUGCUGAAAUGGCGAGAAGGGUUUGGUUGGAUUUGCGAUCUGAAACUCCUCUAUCACAGAUACAGGGUUUUGUGAACGAUGUUGG